AAAGUUCUUAGUUUUAUUAUUAUAUUAGGGUUUUUAACUAAAAACAGGGCCUCUGACAAACGAUGGGGAGGGGGCGGGGGAGCCAUGCCCCCCAAAUUUUUGCAAAACAAAUGGAGCUAUGCUGCUGUUGCUGCUAAUGUUGCUGUUGCUGUUCCGUCUGCUCUAUUUCUUGUUUUGGCGGGUAGGAAGCGAUGGCUGAUGAAAUGGAUGUUCCCUCAUCUGAAGACGAGAGCACUGAUUGGAAAAGUAUUCCUUAUGGCCAAUCUGACGACCAACCAGAAAAAUUGAUAUGCAAUGUAAAUCAGGUGAAUGCAGGACAUGCUCACAACGCUAUAUCUGAAAGUGAAAUCCCAGUUCAGAGAAUGGCCUUGAAUGAUCAUAAAGCAGGAAUGAAGGGGCUUGAUAAAGAAAAGAUUAAUCAAAUAAUAUUCGAAGCAAGCAAGGGAUCUAAAUUUUAUGAAAACGAGAAGAAAAAGGAACAGAGGGUAGCAGAGAGAAUAAAAGCAAUGAAGGAGCAAAUGCAGACAUUUACGGACAUAGAUUUCAAAAAAGCUAAAAGAGAGGCAAGAUUAUUUGCUAAAAAUGCUGAGCUUGAGAGAGAUCUUAGUCACAUAAUCGUACAUGUAGACAUGGAUGCUUUCUAUGCCGCUGUUGAGACAAGAGACAACCCUAAGCUAAAAGAUAUACCGAUGGCUGUUGGCUCAAACUCUAUGUUAAGUACAUCAAAUUAUGUUGCUCGAAAAUUUGGAGUAAGAGCUGCAAUGCCAGGAUAUAUUGCUAAGAAGUUAUGCCCUAAUUUGACUAUUGUUCGUGAAAAUUUUCAGAAAUAUCGUGAAGUCAGUAACCAGGUGCGUGAUAUAAUUUCUGAGUAUGACCCAAAUUUUUGUGGAAUGGGUCUUGAUGAGGCAUAUCUGGAUAUUACAGAUCAUGUUAACAUUAUAGAGGAACAGGGAAAUGGGAACACUACCAGCUCUACCUGUACUGGAGAUAAAGGUGCCGAAGAGAGACAAAAACUGGUUGAAGGCAUUGUUCAAGAGUUAAGAGAAAAGAUUUUCCAAAAGACCAAACUGACUGCUAGUGCAGGAAUUGCCUGUAAUGUAAUGCUUGCAAAAGUUUGUUCUGAUAUGAAUAAACCAAAUGGCCAAUUUUAUCUGCCUCGUAAUAGAGAGGCGAUAUUAGAUUUUGUUAAGGACCUUCCCAUUCGAAAGAUUUCUGGGAUAGGAAGAGUUAGUGAACAGAUUUUGAAUGAGUUUGGGAUUACUACGUGUAACGAUUUAUAUGAAAAAAGGGCUCUUCUCUUUUUAUUGUUUUCAACAAUAUCCUUCGAACACUUUAUGAGGAUAUCUCUUGGUGUAUCUAGCUCCAUACUGGACAAUGAGACAAAAAGGAAAAGCAUGAGCUCAGAAACUACAUUUAAGGAAAUCAGUGAUCCAGCGAAGCUUUACCAGGUGUGUCAUGAACUUUGUGAAGGUUUGGCUAAUGAUUUACAAAAGGAGAACCUGGCUGGCAAAUGUGUCACAGUAAAGUUUAAGUUUACAAACUUUGAAGUAAAGACAACUGCAAAAACUCUACCAGAAUAUGUGGAUACAUCAGAAGAGAUAUACAAUGCUGCUAAAGAUAUAAUUAAAUCUCAGAUAAAAGCCUAUCAUCCAAAGAAGUUUCAGCUGAGGUUGUUGGGUGUGAGGUUGUCAGAAUUUGGGAUGAAGAAGAAAGGUAUUCAAGGCACUCUUCAUUCUUUUCUUUCAAGAGGAAAUUUGUGCAGUAAUGAAAAAACUAGCAUUAAGCAGAACAACACAGAAGAAAAAGUGCAAGAAGACAGUUAUGAAAAAACAAAGGCAUCAAAAAAUGACAAUUCAUCAAACUUUGUUAUUUGCCCUGUGUGCCAAAAUAGCCAACCAGCUGAUGAUAUCAAUAUUCACAUUGACUUGUGUUUGAACAAACAGACCAUACGAAAAAUGUUGUCUGUAGAAAGAAAUGUUGGAACAGAAGGAGAAAAAUCAGUAAAAGGAAAGAGCCAGAAAAGAAAGAUAGACAGUGUAGAGGAAAAGAAGAGACCUUUAAAGAAAAAGACACUGCAUUCAUUUUGGAAUACUGAUUCAGAAAACUAAGGAUAAAAUUGAAUCAUAGAAUUCAUAAAUUGGAGGAAAAUAACAACCAGGUAUUUUUCUUUUGAAAUGGACAAGCUAUCCAUACCUUUUAAGGUAAGAAACUUCUCACAAGGAUAGUAGUCUUUUUCAGAGCACAUGUGACAAUUAUAUAUUUAUCCCAGCCCUUGAGGCUUUAUUUAAGAAACAUAGGAAGCUCUAUGGCUGCUUAAGUAUAUAGCACUUCUUAUAUUAUUUGCUUCAUGUUGAUAAAUAGAAAAUAUCACAAAGCCAUUCUGUUUCUAUCAUUCCAGACACCAUUUUUCAUUCAAAAAUUCACGCACAUACAUUAAAAUUGUAUUAAAAAUUAAGCUAGAAUACAUAUCUUAUUUUUUAACAAAUAAAAGUAAUUAUCUUGUAAAAUGCAACUGUGGACCAAUUUAUAAAUCUAUGGUUAUUCUUAGAAGAGGUUUUCUGAUUUUUACUGAAAUAUUUAUUGUAGCUAAUUUCGCUACAAUUUAAAUUUAAAGAUAAUUCCUAUAUCUUUAUCAGUUGCUCCCUUUUCUUCAAUAUCAAACAAUAACAGUCUCAAGCAAAUUAGUUUAAGGUCAAAAGCCCCUCAUUAAGUUAACUAUUUCUGCCCCGUUAAAUUUUUGCCUCAUUAAUUGCAAAUUUGAAAGGAUUUGACUACUCAGUGCUUAUCUUCAAUUCGUCUGAAAAGACUAACAAUGGAACAACCCAACAACUAAGGUAUAAUAUGGUCUUAUUUGAAUUUUUUUAGGCAGAUAAGUUAGAAAAUAGCAGCCCUCAUGUCAACAAAACGCUCAAAUCGAUAGUCUAUAAUUAGACUCGGAUUCGAUAUUAAACUAGUUAUACAAUAUGAGAUUCUUAUUUUUUCAUUUUCAACAUACAAAUUGUCAAGAUUCAGGAGGAGCUGGAGCUCCCCCAAUAAUUGUCAAACUGUAGUUACUCUCUUUAUAGCAGUGUACUGUAUGGGAAGCAAUACAAUCAAUGAGCAGCCUCCAACGCCCCCCCCCCCAAAUAUGACUUUCAUUCCAACGAAAGUUAAAUCUGAAAUUUCAAAAGCAAUUACCGCAAGGGAAAAUGGCACUGUCCUCCUCCGUAAAGUUGCAUAUUUCCAUUUUGAACGAUGCUAUAGUUGAAGUCAUUUAGUAAACGUAAUGUAAAUUUGUUUGUACCUAUGUUUUGUUUACUAUGAUCAUCCAAUUUAAGACCAGACCAGUUUGUUUGAAAAAUGCUUUAAGUGUGUUGUAAAAUGUUUGCUUUUUUCAAAGCCAUUUUCAAGAGAUAAGUAGCGACAUAGGCAGCAGGUCAGAAACUUGAGGGAAUAAAAAUAGGCUUUUGAAGACACCCUUUCUUACCUGCCAAACUCAUACAAGAAGUAAGAAUGCAUUUUUUUAUAAGAACACGAGCCUCAGAAUUGGUGAAAAGUUAAGAACAAGCUGAGGCUGAGCUUCUACAGCGUUUUUUCUUAAAGUCGAGGAUUUUUAGUCAUGUGUGGGUGCUUUUUUGGUGAACAUUCAAACCUGUCGGCAAAUGAAGCUUGUCUCACUCACUUUGUUGGCAAAUGAGGUUUGACUACCUCCCUAGAGUGAAAAAGCUAGCAAUCGCACUGCUUACACCUUAUUAAAUUAAGAACAAAUUAAAAACAAAUAGAUUUUCCAAAAAAUUAAGAACAAUCAGCCUGAACUUGAAUUUACUGGUUCUUAUAAAAAGAGCGUAUUAUUAUUCUGUAACCAGAAUAUUUACUGCCUGAACUUGAACUUGAAUUUACAGUCAGCCUGAACUUGAAUUUAAUGGUUCUUAUAAAGUAUCAGUAUUCUGUAACCAGAAUAUAUGGGUCAUAUUUUCAUAAGGCGAUCACAACUAUGGGGCGUAGGUAGAAAUUGCAAAACUGGCGGCCGCAAAUUGCGCGAAAACGUAUAUUUUGGCAUAACUGUCGUGAGCAACUCAGCUUAUUUCUUCUCUCCUAUUGGGUCUUGAACCUUUCUUCUUCGAGAAAGACCAGAAAAAUUGCACUUCUUAAAAUGAGCAUGUAAAAUUGGAUCUAUAUUUUCUUAGCAACCUUUCGCGUUUCGUUUGGUUUAUACACGCUUUUUUAUAAGGAACCUACCUCAAGGCCUAGUUACAAAAGUUCCUAGUUCGUAAACCUCGAAUCAUCAAAUUGUAGUACAAAAAGUUCCUUAAUAGUUCCUCAAUUUUCACUGCACAUCGAGUGCCAUAAAAAUAGUACAGAAACAGGAAACACAAGAAAUUUUGAAUUUUGCCUUUACUUGUGGCUAGAACUCGGGAAAAAACACAAAGAAGGCUAUUUAUAGUGAAAAUCUCACUUUAGGUGUUUUGACUACAAGCCUUAACACUUACUAGAGAGAGGGGCGAGACAGCAUAUGCGGAAACUACUCAAGUAAGCACUUGACACACGAACAGCAAACAAUCUAUGUAAGUAUUGGCUGCAAAUGAAUAGAACCGGCUUUUUAGUUCGUGAUGUUUGCAGUUAUCAAAUUUUUCAAAUCGAAAAGGGAUUUCGUUUUUAGUAGUAUAAGUUCUUUAAAAAUUUCGACCUUCUACAUGCAGGUUCCUUAUAAAGUGGUUCCUUACAAAACAGCGUGUAUAUGUACAGUACAAACACCACAUUCGAGUAUUCAACAAUCCUACACCUAUUUAGAUUUAAAUUAUUUAAUUACU